GUUAUUGUCUGUUACGCAAUAGCGGUGGAUGUGGCAAGUUACAAAACAGUGAGGAGGAAAAAAAACCACUAGAGCAACUCAUAAGAGCCCUUCCCAUUCCUCCAGACUGCUUCAUCUGAUAGUGUUUCCGUCUACAAACCCUACACCACAGACAUGGAGAACCACAAGCCGUUCUUAGUGCUGCUGUUCUUCGCCUUCGCACUCGGGUUUAUCGCGGUUGUGUUCGUCCUGAGAUGGGUUUUACAUUUCAGAGAAGGUUUAGCCUGGGAUGGAGGAGCCAAAGAAUUCAACUGGCAUCCUCUUCUGGCUGUGACUGGUUUUAUUUUCCUGCAAGGAAUCGCAAUUGUUGUGUACAGACUUCCAUGGACGUGGAAGUGCAGUAAGCUGAUGAUGAAGUUUAUUCAUGCUGGCUUGAAUGUGCUGGCCUUCAUCCUGGCUGUUAUUUCUCUGGUAGCAGUGUUUGACUUCCACAACGUGCAAAAUAUUCCAAAUAUGUACAGCUUGCACAGCUGGGUGGGUUUAGCUGCAGUCAUACUCUUCACACUGCAGAUUGUGCUAGGAGUUUGCAUCUUCCUCCUGCCUGUAACUCCAGGAUAUGUGCGAGCUGCAUUUAUGCCUAUACAUAUAUUUAGUGGUCUGUUCAUCUUUACCACUGUAAUUGCUACUGCACUCAUGGGCAUCACAGAAAAGCUUAUAUUUGGCCUGAAAGAUCCAAAAUACAGAGAUUCUCCUCCAGAGGCCACAUUUGUUAAUGUGCUUGGGUUGCUGAUAACCAUGUUCGGGGCACUCGUACUGUGGGUUAGCACCCGGCCCUACUGGAAGAGACCGAGUGAGCAACUCCUACAAGCCCUGCACACUAGUGAUUCAGCCGCAGGCAGCACCAAGACGGUCAUAACAAAUUCUGAGAGCCCUGACCCAGAGCCUAACAGUGAGGCCCGCAGAAGAAAUGGCAAAGCAGAGGAAUAAGGACUGGUAUAAAAGAAGUGGUCUGAGACAUUAUUAUCUGCUCGGUCAAACUGCUUUACUCCAAGUAAACGUUAAAGAACA